AUGUUCAGGGCCCUAAGCGCGAGAAGAAACCGACAUGGCUACGAGUCAUUACACGACGAUGCCAUGAGUGCAGCUUUGGUGCCUAAGCUGAGCCGAGCAAAGAGCACGCCAGCCAAAAUCCUUAUGAGUUGCUCUAAAAAGCUUAAAAGCGUAACUGCUCGUGACAAAACUCAUUCCCAAAAAGAAAAGGAGAAGGUUAAGAAGACAAGCAAAAUUCAUCCUUUCUUUAGUCUUUUCGAGACCGGGCGGAAGAAGAAGGCGACAGCUAAGCCGGAGUUCUCGAGGUAUUUGGAGUACGUUAGGGAAGGAGGGACUUAUUUGGAUUCUUAA